UUUGUUAGCCGGAAAGUGUGUUCAUUACGCAAUGUUGUUUGAAAGGUUGCAUUCGUUUGUCGAAGUCCGAAUAACAUAAUGUGAUCGUAAAAUCACGAGAGAUUAAGUUUAUCCAUUAAGCUUCAGUUUGAUAGAAGUAUCGGCAAAAGCUGUCAUCAUGAACUCUUGAGAUCAAAUCCGAUUAUUAAUCACCAUGAGUGGUGCCGCACUGUGUGCCGUGGUUGUGCUUGUUUUCUUCUUGGCCCUCUACCUCCUUCAACGUUAUGGGGAUGUAUGGAAGCAGCAGCGUAUGGUCCUGUUAGGCACGCUGUUGUCUUGGUAUCUGUGCUUCCUCAUUGUCUUCGUCCUGCCGCUUGAUGUCAGCACGACCAUCUACAACCAGUGUAUUCAUGACAACUCAAACCACACAGUUCCUGUAACUCGGGCAACACAGCCUAAUCAGAUCAAGCCCAGCUCAAGUGUACUAAAGGUGUGUGUGGAGCCUUGGAGUUAUAUCCCAGAUGGUGUCCUGCCAGUGUUUUGGAGAGUUGUAUACUGGACUUCCCAGUUUCUCACAUGGCUGUUGCUGCCCUUUAUGCAGUCUUAUGCACGGUCUGGAGCUUUCUCCAAGGUUGGAAAGAUUAAAACGGCUCUAAUUGAAAAUGCUAUUUAUUAUGGCUCCUACCUCCUUAUCUUCAUCUCCCUGCUUAUCUAUGUGGCUGCACACCCAAGAUGGAAACCUACAUGGACAGGGAUCCAGAUCAUCUGUAUUACAGCUGCCAAUACCUGGGGCCUCUUCCUUUUGGUGCUGUUGCUAGGUUACGGCCUGGUUGAGAUACCACGUUCUUAUUGGCUCUCGUCUUCCCAUGAUUACUUGCUGGCCAAGACCUACUUCAAGGUAGCAAAACUGGCUUCUGAGAAGGCCGCGGCAAAGGAGAACCUAGCAGAUGCUAUGGAGGAAGUUGCAGGUGUCCAUGAAUCUGUCAGGUACAGCCACAGUCUCAGGAGAUGUGUGGACACCAUUUUGACAAAGUGUCCCACUGAAUACCAAGAAGAGUUGGGAAGGAAUGUGGAACGCUCUCAUAGUGAGCAAAAUAGUACUCCCACCAAAAGAAGCCUAAUUAAACUUCAUAAAAAAGUAAUCGUUGUGGUGCAGAGACACAAUCAGACUCAGGUUCAGUGGUCUAUCUUGUUAGAUGAAGCCUUUCAUCUAGAAGAUGUAGCUAAAAGCCAGACCAGCCAUUUCCAAGUCUUUACCCACAGCCUCCCCUCAGCCCACCAUGGCUGGAUCCAGAGGUUCAUCUACACGCCUUCAGUAGAGUGGUACUGGGAGUGUAUGUUCAGGCAGGGUUUCUGCAGGCUGCUGGCAGUACUCCUAUGUCUCCUCUCUGCAGCAGUGGUCUGGUCCGAGUGCACCUUCUUCAGCACACACCCUGUCCUUUCUCUGUUUGCUGUUUUUAUUCAGAAUGCUGAAAAACACUAUAACUACAUUUGUAUUGAAAUGGCGUGCUUUGUCAGCAUCCUCUUCAUGUGCGUGUGUGUGUACACCACAGUGUUCAGGAUACGAGUAUUUAACUAUUACCACCUGGUGCCACAUCAUCAGACGGAUGCUUACAGCCUGCAGUUCAGUGCCAUGUUGUUUUGUCGGCUGACUCCACCUUUGUGCCUCAACUUUCUUGGCCUGAUUCAUAUGGACUCUGCCAUCUCACACCAGGACAGAAUACAGACAUCUUACACCUCUAUCAUGGGUUCUAUGCAGCUGCUGCCUGUCAUAUCUGAUGGGUUCUACAUUUAUUACCCCAUGCUGGUGUUGCUGCUUUGCCUGGCCACUUUUUACAAUUUGGGCUCUCGCUGUUUAAACCUCCUGGGUUUUCAUCAAUACAUUACUGAUGAUGACUUGACCUCUGACCUUGUAGAUGAAGGCAAGGAACUCAUCAGAAGAGAAAGAAGGAAAAGACAAAAGGCAGAGGACGGAGAAAAUCGAAGAUGGGCCUGGAGGGAGCGGUAUGGAGCUCAGGCAGCCUCAGAGCACAGCAGAAAUGGUUAUUCCGAGUUAAAGGACAAUCAGAACAGCCCUGUGACAGACACCAAGACUAGUGUCUCCAGAAGAGAUGGGAAUCGAGAUGAGCAGCAGGCGAGGUUGCUGCAAGACAGCUCCAGUGAUGAUAGUUUGCCAAACAGAAGAUCUGCUGGGGGACGUUACCUUUCUCUGUCACCUCCUCUGCCAGGCCUCUUUGAUGAUGUUUGAGAGGAGGAGGAUUUCAGGAAAGGGAAAAGUUAAUAAAUGCUAAAAAUGAGAUUAAUUAAUAAUUAAUAAUUUCUAUUUUCCUGAGGAAAAUCUGAAUGCAAAGGACUAUAUCUCGAAAAAUGAAAGAGAAGUACAUCUGAUACAUGUAUACUGUAACUUAUCAAGUAAUGGAUGGAACUGAGAAAGUUACCUUUAGCAAAGGGUUUUAUACAGUAUUUCAUCUUGUUUCUGUUACUAGUUUAUCCAAAGAGAUCAGUAACAGCAAGGGUUGCUUUUCAUCCAAAGCCUAAAUACAUUUUUUAUAUUAACAGUUUUGUUUCAGAAAUGCAUCGUUGUCAGAUUCUGUGGCAUUCAUACAUUUUCUUUUUUUUUUAACUAAAUGAAACGUGAGACAAUUUAAAAAAUUUUGACAUAUUUGAUAUUGAAUACUUUAUAUUUAUGGGCUGAAUGUGGAUUGUAUUUGCAAAAUGACAUAACUUGAAUUAUUAUUUUGUUGAUACUGUGAUAAACAAGUGUUUAAUAUAUUACUCUAUCUUGUGUUUGACUGAUUAUUGACCAUUAUAUAUGAAAUAGUAUGUAUCUCAAAGAUAUUCAAGUUUUCCUUUUGAGUUACAGUAUAUUUGCUAUGUAAUAUAAAUUAACAUGAUUUAAAAGGUCUAAAGAGAUUAAUGUGGGAAACCCAAUUACAAAGUAAAGAUAGUGUCCACCUUUGAUACUUUUGUAUAUGUUAAGGUUACUGUCAGGCCUCUUCAUGUCCCAGCAGAAAACAGAUAGUUUUACAGCAUUAAGACACAAUUCACUUGAUGCUAAUUAUUUGGGUAUAUGACUCGAUUCCACUUUAUGAUAAAUAAAUACAUACAGUGAAACUCACUAAAAUAAGUAUAUGUAUAUUUUGUAUGUAUAUUAC